UCUUCUAGUCCCACUUGCCUCCCUCUAACCUUUCCCCUGUGGAGCCUGUCCUCUCUCAUCAGUAUCUCCUCCUCUCUCUGGUCUCCCACUCCUCUCUUUUGAUAAGCAGCACACACAAACUCUUCUCUGAUCCUUCUCCCGCAUCCUCCAGCAGCCAAUUCUCCCCGCUCAGCAUCUCUCUCCUGGAUUUCCUGCUCUCAGCUCUUUUACCCAGUGAAGGAUGUUUGAAAGAGGAUCCAGCACAUAGGAAACUACUGAAGGAGCCAGGGAGAGGUUGAGAUUUGGGGGAUUAAGAUUCCUUUAGAUUGGAUCUUCUCAAUGGGAAUCAUGCUGGCUGCACACUUCCAAUACAGUCUGCUGUUCUUAGGUCUCUAUACCGCUCACAGCAGCCUUCCCCUCUCCGGGUCUCCAUCUGGCUCCUGGCCCCAACACACAGACUGCAUCCAGGCUAACGAGCAGUGCAUCGCUGACGCAUCCUGCAGCACCAGAUUUAGGACUCUGCGGCAGUGUCUAGCAGGCAGGGACCGGGAUGUCCUGCUCUCCGGUCUGGAGUGUAAAACUGCUCUGGAGGUUCUACAGGAGAGCGCCCUGUACAUGUGCCGCUGUCGGAGAGGAAUGAAGAAAGAACUUCUGUGUCUACAAACAUACUGGGGCAUACAUGCCGGCUUGACUGAGGGGGACGAGUUUUAUGAGUCAUCGCCAUAUGAACCAGUGACCUCCCGUUUGUCUGACAUUUUCCGCGUGGCUUCAAUCAACUCUGGCACAGAAUCGUCCGUAUCCAGGCAGAAUGCCUGUCUCGAUGCAGCAAAGUUCUGCAAUGUGAAUGAUUCCUGCAAGAAGUUCCGUUCCGCCUUCAUAUCAGCCUGUAACCCACCAGUUGAUGAGCAGUGUAACCGUCGUAAGUGUCACAAGACCCUCCGCACCUUCCUGGAGAAGAUUUCUUCAAACCUGACCUACCCACUCCUCUUCUGCCCCUGCAAAGAUAAGCCAUGCGCUGAGCGGAGACGUCAGACCACAGUGCCAAGCUGCUCCUUCAAUCGCCCUGAACUUCCUAACUGUUUGGAAAUUUGGGGAAACUGUAGACAAGACCCAGUGUGCAGGUCACGACUGGCGGAUUUUGUUACUAACUGUAAGAGCUCCACCCAGACUGUGAGUGGUUGUGUGGGCGAUAACUACUCAGCCUGUCUUGGAGCUUAUGCAGGGCUGAUCGGGUAUGAUGUAGCUCUGAACUUCUUGGACUCGGACCCCCAUUUAGUUUCCAUUGGACCCUGGUGUACUUGUAAGGGUAGCGGAGAUCAAGAGACUCAUUGUGAACUAUACCUCAAAGAGUUCACUCAGAACCGCUGUCUGCAAAAUGCAAUACAAGCUUUUGGCAAUGGCACAGAUGUUGUACAUAAACAGAGCCGCCCUAGAACCCCUCACACAACCGUCUCUUCCAGGGCUGAGAGGAGAAACCUUCUGCCAGACAACCAGAGUGACAGCAAUACUCUCUAUGAGGUCAACCCUGCCAUUUGCAACUCUCUCCAGGAGAUGAAGAAUGCCAGCUCUCCGGAACUCACAAUCUGUGUUUCUGAGUCGCAGCUAAAUGCAGACCUUUCACCAGACCUAAGGAUAUAUGAAGAUUCGGGUACCACUUGCCACAAUACGAGCAUUUUCUACAUUGGCAUCAUUCUCUUUCUCACUGCCUUAUUCUGACAGUGACACAAUGGACAUGGAGAUCUUCUAUUCCCGGAUGGUGACACAGACUGACAAAAUGUAUAUAACUUGAUCAAACCCUCCACAAUGGAGUGCAAGCCGGAGAGCUAAUGACAGACAGACACAAUGGAGACAAGAAAGACUGAUGAAAAACUGAACAAUCACCCGCUUGGUUCUAGUAGGGAAAAUUCCUGUAUAUAGAUAUAAAAGGGGACUGGUGGGCCAUUUGUGUGUUUAAUAUAUGUAUAAAUAGAAAAUAAAAUGUCAGGCUUA